AUGCGUCUCUACUAUUUUGCCCUCGCGGGCUCCACCGCGCUCCUGACACAGACCGCAAACUUCUCUCGUGUGCGCGGCACGACGAUGACGGAAGACACUCACGCGGCGAGCGUUCGCUCCCAUGCCAGCGACUACAAUGACGUCCCUAUCAACGGGCAGUUGGAGGCAUCCGGCAACGAGACCAACGAAGAGAGAGUGCCAACUCCAACGUUUCUGUCGACGGCCCUCGGAUUGGGUCGACAAAGGAUACCACCCCACAACGUGUUGGCGGUCGUCAAAAUGAAAAAGAACCAGGAAAAGGCAGCUUCCUACCUGACGAAGGUUGUCAAGGCCCGACAAAGGGCCCAUGGUCCUAAGUCGUCUGCCGCUAAACGAGCCCAAAAAAAAUAUUUCGAUCGUUUACGGGCGCUCGGGGAAGAGGGCUUUGGGCACCCGUCGGUGGUCGGCAUCAUUCGAAAUAGACUCGACAACAUCUACAGCGAACCGAUUGCCGUUGGAUCCGAUUUCGCGCAUGCCAAAGCUUUCGCGAAACAUCUGAGGGAAAAGAAAACUCCGCAGUUCGACGAUUUUCUCCAGACAAUCAACAAACGAGAUCCCGCAUGGCAUGAUAGCAUGAGCGGUGUUGCUUUUCUGGGCGAUAAGGCGCGGGCUGAAAAGCGUAUGUUCGACCUCUUUCAAACCUAUGUGCGAGAUACCCAGAAAAAAGCGCUGGCGAAUACUGCGGCGAAUCGGGGUGCGUGGCUGGACGAGAGAAUUUUGCCUAGCGAAGUCGCUAAGCGCCUUGACAUCACAGGCGGUGGCGACCCCCUUCACAACCCCUUUAUUUCUCCGAACUUUAAGGCGUUGAAGGAGUACAUUAAGGCUUACAACAAUCUAGAUGACAGGCUGGAGGUGACAAUGGAUAAUACGUUGAUAGGAGCGUACGGCGGCGUGGAGAACCUCGCACCGGUAUUAGCACUUUCGAAGCUCUACCCCAAUACUAACGGAGCUGCGUCACGCAUGCAACACAAUCUGCUGGACAGAUGGGCUCAUAACACUGUGACAUUUGAUACUGCUGCGGAGAAACUGGGGAUGAAAGCUUUGGGGAAACAUGCUUUCACGUACCAGUAUGCAGACACGUUGCUCGAAUACAUCGUGAUGCUUGAAAGAAUGGAUGCGACUGCGACAACAAAAAUCGCGGAUGGUCUGGUCAAGCACUACGGCGAAUCUGGUGCUGCAAUCUUCAUCACGCUGUUGCAGAAGCCGAAUGAUGACAUUUUCAAAAAAAUGUCAGACGAGAUGUUCAAGCGCUGGAGCCGCAGAAAUAUUGAGCCCGACAAUCUUACGGCCAAGAUCUUCAGCAACGUGGAUCCUCGUCUUAGAAGCGUAGCGGAUUCGUUCACAUCUCAGUAUCGCGAUUUUUACCGUACUGCACGCAGAUACGAGAUCAAUUAA